CUUUCUCUUUCACCUCUGUCUCCAUGUCUGGUCGGAAUUACAAAGCAUUCAACAACAAUAACAAUAAAGUUUUAAGUAUCAGGCGUGACAUUAAAAGCAGACGCUUUGAUGCUCCACCUGAGAGUAAAUCUGUAAGGCUUGUUUCCAGCAUUCAGACAUCAAUUCUGCUUGCUUCACAGCCAGACAGGGCACAGUAAAAUAAAUGAAUAAAUAAAAAAAUAAUAAUAAUAAUCACAAGGCUUUGUUGUCUCACAGAGCACCCUAAAAAACUGCAGUUCUUCUGGCCAUUGAACGCCACAUUUUACAUCAUGCAGCUGUUCUUGUGCUAUGAAUGGAUGAAAUCAUGCUGUCCUUCAACAGAAUAACACUUUAAUGUUAUUAAUGUCUGUGGAUGCUUCUUAGUGCUGAUCAAUGACAUCACUCAUUGCCUAAGAAGUUGUGAUAUGCUUGCAUCGGUGCAAGGUCGUGAAAGGGCGGAAAUUGGAUCGAGACACAACAGCUGAGAGGAUUGGGACAUUGUACUGUAUCUCCCUCUCAGUUUGCUGGUGAAGGUUCUCAGUCAUCCAUAUCGUGGUAAUCCAAAGGUUUAGAUGAAGGCAACUGGACUUUUUUGGAUUCUUGAAGACGUUUUGCUUCUCAUCCGAGGAGCUUUGUCAAUUCAAUUUACUGGGAUGUUGUGUUUGGAGAAUCUUCUCCAAACACAACAUCCCAGUAUACUUUACACCCAACAACCCCCUCAGACAGAAACUGGUCCAUCCUAAAGGCAAAACACCCAAACAGAAGCUCAGUGGGGUCGUUUAUGCAGUCCAGUGUAGCGAGGACUGUCCAGAUGUUUACAUCGGGGAAACUAAACCACAAUUACACAAGCGCAUGGCACAACACAGGAGAGCCACCUCUUCAGAUCAGGACUCUGCAGUCCACCUUCACCUGAAGGACAAGGGACACACCUUUGCAGAUGACAAAGUCCACAUUCUGGACAGAGAAGAUAGAUGGUGUGAGAGAGGAGAAAAAGAAGCUAUCUAUGUCAAACGUGAAAACCCCACUUUAAAUAGGGGCGGGGCUUAGAUUUAACCUUUCCAGUACCAAUAAUGCAGCUUUGAAUCUCAUUCCAAAGCAGUUUCAGUGUACUGUUAUCGCUACGUGAUGGACACACCGUGUUUGUUAACGCAGUUCAACAGCAAGCCAAACUCGGUUUUCAUGAGCCAGGAAGCUGAGCGUCUUGCUCCUUUAAUAAUCCACUCGUCAGUUUACAAGUCAUCACAAACGUGACUCAAAGCUCGGUGAAAAGGAGGAGCGAAACUAAGAACAAACAAGAAACAAAUAAUUAGCUCCUUAUCAUGUUAAUAAAUACAACAAUUAUAAAUGUAGCGGAAUAUAGUUGGUAUAUUCUUACACUUUUAUCAAGGUCCAGAGAUAUCACUGAUCUAAACCUGAGCUGGAUCAUUAAUCUUUGGACCGGGCCCUUAUAAUCAAAAGAGGUUGUUUUUACCACAGGGAAUUUUAUUCAAACACCUUGUAUUGAAUUAGAGACAAGAAGAGAAAGAGAGAGAGAGAUGGGACGUUUAAGAAUAUUUAUUUUAUAAUUAUUCGAAACAAUCUCCAGGACUAACUCUCUAAUGAUGGAUGCAAAUGGAUGUAAUGCUGAGGUGUUGGUGUGUGUGUGUCAGUUCAGAAUCUCCAUCUGGUGGAGACGAGUCUGAGUGCGAGGUGUUGUUGCCCUAACUGACCAACGAUGGAUUUCAGGAGGAAGACAUGAGACUCAAUAUAUGCCGAUCUACGUACCAGUUUUUAGUGAGUCGUGGAGGAUGGCUGCUCAUAGAGCUCCGGGAGUUGACGUCACUUCUCCCAGCAUGCAACAGUUCAGAUCGAAACGGCACCAUUUUGGCAGGCAGAAGCCCGCAGCUAGACUAUUUGUUGUCAUAAGUCUCACACGGGAAAUAUGGUCGAUUCCUGUUGUGCCCCAGGAUGCCAGAACAGACGGGGACAAGUCAAAGGAAGAUCCUUCUACAGGAUUCCCAAAGAUCCGGAACGCCGCAAACGUUGGAUAAUCGCAAUGAAACGCGCUAGCCUCCAGUGUAAAACAAAGCAGUGGGAUCCCGACAGUAAAGGUUUUCGCCUGUGCAGCGAACACUUCAUAUCAGGGAAAAAGAGUGAUCACCCUCUCUCUCCUGACUACAUCCCAUCCAUCUUCAAACAUGUGACAUCCCCAGAGAAAAAGAGGAGAAGAAGGCAGUUAGAUGGGUUCAUCCGGAGACAGAAGAGAAGACUCCAAAGAAGAGAACAAGCAAAGUCAGCAUCUGCUACGGUCAGUCCAUCAUCUAAACUCCUAAUUCAGCAGGACUCAUGUGAACAUGACAUCAUACAGCCUCCUGCAGCUGAUCAAGCAGAGGAAGCCCCUGUAAAGGAAGUGACUCAGAAUGAAGUGGAGCCUACACAUGACAGCAGCCAUCCAGAAACAACGGUGUGUUCCAAUGAAACCUGCAAGGAACAAAUCAAAUCUCUUGAGCUGGAAUGCCAAGCACUGAGAAAUGAAAACAUGUUAUUAAGACAAAAAAUUACAUGUACUGAAAUAAAUGAGACUACUCUACAAAAAAGUGACAGGAAGGUUAAUAUGCUCACUGGCUUAUCAUCAUAUUCGCAACUUAUGGUCAUUUUUAAUGUUAUAAUGCCCUAUCUAAAGCACAAAUCUAGCCUAACACUAUUUCAACAGUACAUCUUGGCUUUAAUCAAAAUGAGAAUGAACCUGUCUUUUGAUUUUCUGGCAUUUUAUUUUAGCAUAGAUUCUACUACAGUCUCAAAGCUUUUCAAACACUGUGUAAGUGUCAUGUAUUGUACACUAGUGCCAAGUCUUGUUAUUUGGCCUGAAAGGGAAUCCUUAAGAGAAUCUAUUCCCUAUGCAUUUAGGAAUAGUGUGUUUGAAAAGACAGUCUGUAUUAUUGACUGUUUUGAGAUAUUUCUGGAGAAACCAAGUAACCUGUCAGCCAGUGCUCAGUGUUAUUCAGCAUACAAGUCACACCACACCAUGAAAUAUUUAAUCGCAAUCACCCCACAAGGUUCUAUUUGUUUCAUUUCCAAUGGAUGGGGAGGUCGCACAAGCGAUAAGUUCAUCACAGAGCAAAGCGGUUUUCUUUCUAAUUUGCUCCCAGGUGACUUGGUUUUGGCAGACAGAGGAUUCAAUGUCAAAGACUCAGUGAAUUCUUAUCAUGCUGAAUUAAAGCUUCCAGCAUUCACUCGUGGGAAGAAACAGUUAGAUCCUGUUGACCUGGAAGACACGAGAUGCUUAGCAUCUCUUAGAAUACACAUAGAAAGAGUCAUUGGAGUUCUACGUCAGAAAUACACAAUUUUGCAAAGUAGUGUUUCCAUAGGUUUCACUGACAUUGACACAGAAAAUGAUGUGACAUACCUUGACAAAAUAGUUAAAGUUUGUUGUGCUCUUACAAAUGUCUGUGAAUCUGUUGUGCCCUUUCAGUGAACUUGUAAUAUAUUUUCCGUAGUUGGGCAGAAAAAAAAAUGCUGACAAGGUCUUUUAAGUCAUCACAGAUGUGAACUUUCACUUUUAUUUAGUACAACAGACCAAAAAGGAACAAUUCUUAGUCUUCAGAAAAUUGUAACAUUUUUGUACAAAUGCAAACAUGAAUAAAAAAUGAACUUUACUUUCA